ACAGAACAGCGAUUCAACUAUGUGGGUAUUUUUAGAUGUUUCCAGGUCAACGAAAUAAUCUCUUGGCAGGCGAUUUUCUGCGCAGUUAAAGAAACUUUUCCUCGGUAGUCCGAGAAAGCCAUUUGGCGCACUGAACAUCUUGGAGCUUACUCCACACUACUGGGCUCUCUUGCUAAAAAUGUUCGGGAACCAACAUUUCGGCCCCACGGAUCUCAUUCAUGCGCAUACGUAUACCACUCUCGAGGAUCUUUCCAUAAAAGAAGGCUCAUGUGCGCUUCACCGAAUCACAUUUCUUGAGACGCCUGCCAAACACCACCAACAUUUGGACAUCGGUUGUGGACCGGGGACGUUCACAAGAGAUUUCCUCGCAUCUCGCUCCAUGCCUUGCGCAACGUUAGUUGCCGUCGACCAAUCGCCGCUGAUGAUCGAUUUCGCUAAGCGCUACAGGCACCACGACAACGUCACGUUUGACGUGUUCGACUUUGGUGGCCAAGACGUGCAACAACUGAUCGGCAAGUAUGGCUGCUUCGACCGCAUAUACUCAUUCCUGUGGUUCCAUUUCGUCAAGGAUCAGCGAAAAGCCUACGCGGACCUUUCCAAGAUGCUGGCGCCCGCGUCAGGGGAGUGCGUGAUAUUCUCGUCCGUUUGGAACAUCUUCACAGAUGUCUGGCUGCAAGUGCACUUGAUGGAAAGAUGGCGACAAGUGAUUCCUGACCCAAGACCGCUAUUUUCACUCCAGUACAAGUUCGACUUCGACGGCCAGCUGGAUAAAAUAGAAGCUGAGGUGCGAGCGCUCGUCGCAGAAGCUGGCCUGGAAACUAUCGCAUGUCACGUCUUUCAAAGCGAAUGGCCGUUCCCAACAGUGGAAGUGUUUGUCGGUCUGAUUUUUGAAGCCUUUGGAUUCUACGAGGCCAUUCCGGAGGAGGACAUCGAAGCUGUCAAAAGAGACUGGGUUCGGUUAGUACAGAGCGCCGCAACAACCAAGUCAAAUAGAUUUGCAGCCAAGGCUGCCUUCUACUGCGUCCACGCAAGAGCGCGUCCAUAAGACAGAUGGAGUAAAACCACUGCCUCAAGGCAUCAGUUUUGCAAGGGACCGAAAGAUCCUUCAUUUAUUUUGCUUGCUUCGCUGCUGGGCUUUUCACGACAGUCCUGAUUUAAACCAUGCUGGUUCAAUUUUUCUUCUAAGAAUCAAUAAUUUGCGAGAAAUAUUUCCGCCAUAUAUAGAAGAACUAGACCAAGAUUAAUCUAGGACAAUCCGAGUGUUAACAACUAUAAUCUGUAUUGGUCAGCUUGGUGACGCCAAUAAGCAUGGUGCUUGUUAACAUUUCGCAAACGUCCAUACAUCGCAACACAUCGAGGCUAGGGCUGACACAAUUUAACGAUACUGUCCUUAUACUAUUCCUUAGUCUUCGCCAAUGGUCCGAGAGGCGCUGUGUACAGCCCACGCUAUCAUCGGAAACAACCAGUUAUGAACAGGUGGAUAAAGAAAAUGAAAUAAAAUCAAGCGAGCGGAAUCCAUGCAAUAUACUAGCCUAGGUAACUGUCAAUUUUUUUUGCCACCUGCUGCUUAGCGCAUAUCACGUUUAGUGCUUUCGAUGACACACAAAAGAUCUUCAGAUGAUUUGUGUCUAUAUUUUGCUGAUAUGAUUGUCAAUAAAGAGGUCAGAAGAAACA